CGUGCCGCCCAACCGUCAUCCCGGCUCGGCCGUCGGGUCCCGCGUCCCCGCGUCCCGUCCCGCCGCCCCGCAGGAUGCUGGUGAAGGCGGAGGGCCUGGCGCCGCCGGCCGAGGAGGAGCUGCUGCUGCUGGGCCUGGUCUCGCCCGCCCCCUCGCCCUCGCUGCCGUCCAGCGCCGAGGAGGAGGAGGAGGAGGAGGAGGAGGAGGAGGAGCUGCGGGCCGCCUCGCCGGAGCCACCCGUGGAGGCGCCGGGCGCCCGGGGGCUGAGGCGGCUGGAGGGGAAACGGCGGCCGGGACGGAGCCGCGGUGCCCCGCGGACGGCUCGGACGGCGGAGACGGCGCAGAGAAUCAAGCGGAGCCGGAGGCUGAAGGCCAACAACCGGGAGCGCAACCGUAUGCACAACCUGAACGCGGCGCUGGACGCCCUCCGCGACGUGCUGCCCACCUUCCCCGAGGACGCCAAACUUACCAAGAUCGAGACGCUUCGCUUCGCUCACAACUACAUCUGGGCUCUCACCGAGACCCUGCGGCUGGCCGGGGCGGCGCGGCUCGGUCCCGAGGCGGCGGCGGGGCCGGCGGUCGGGGGGAGCAUGGCGGGGGGCACCGCCGAGGGCAGCCCCUCGCCCGCCUCCUCCUGGAGCGGCGGCUCCGCCAGCCCCGCGCCCUCCGCCUCGCCCUACGCCUGCACUUUAUCUCCCGCCAGCCCCGCCGGCUCCGCCUCGGACGCCGAGCACUGGCCGGUCCCACCGGGACGCUUCGUCCCGCCGCCGCCGCCGCCGCUCCAGCCCCGCCGCUGCCUCUAGCCCGGUGCGGGGGUCCCGGGGUUCACACACACCCCCACACCGCCACCCCCUCCUCCCCGCCU